AUGGGGGAUGCGGAAAUGGCAGUGUUUGGAAAGGCUGCGUCCUUUUUGCGUAAAAGCGAUAAAGAGAGGCUGGAAGCUCAGAACAGACCAUUCGAUGCUAAAACUGCCUGCUAUGUCCCCGACCCUAAAGAAUUGUACGUUAAAGGUACAGUCAAGAGCAGAGAGGGGGGUAAAGCCACUGUGGAGACUCUGGUGGACAAGAAGACAGUAACUGUCAAAGAAGACGAUGUCCUUCCAAUGAACCCUCCAAAAUUCGAUAAAAUCGAGGACAUGGCCAUGAUGACCCACCUGAAUGAGGCAUCUGUGCUGUAUAACCUCAAAGAGCGUUACGCAGCCUGGAUGAUCUAUACCUACUCUGGGUUGUUCUGUGUCACUGUGAACCCCUACAAGUGGCUGCCAGUGUACGAUCCCGAGGUUGUGACUGGUUACCGAGGCAAGAAGCGUCAAGAGGCUCCUCCACACAUUUUCUCCAUCUCUGACAACGCCUAUCAGUUCAUGCAAACUGAUCGCGAAAACCAGUCCAUUUUGAUCACCGGAGAAUCUGGUGCCGGAAAGACUGUGAACACGAAACGUGUCAUCCAGUACUUUGCAUCAGUUGGAGCUUCUGGUGACGCGGCCAAAAAGAAAGAGGUUCAACAAUCUGGGAAGAUGCAGGGAUCUCUGGAGGAUCAAAUCAUCCAGGCCAACCCAUUGCUGGAAGCCUUUGGUAAUGCCAAGACACUGAGAAAUGACAACUCGUCUCGCUUCGGUAAAUUCAUCAGAAUUCACUUCGGCACCACUGGGAAACUGUCUUCUGCUGAUAUUGAAACCUAUCUACUGGAAAAAUCUAGAGUAACAUUUCAGCUAAAAGCAGAAAGGAGUUACCACAUUUUCUAUCAGAUAAUGACCAACUACAAACCAGAAAUUGUUGAGGCUUGUCUCAUUACCACCAACCCCUAUGAUUAUCACUUCAUCAGCCAGGGUGAGAUUAGUGUCAAAAGUAUUGAUGAUACUGAAGAGUUGGUGGCAACUGAUACUGCUAUUGAUAUCUUGGGCUUCACCAAUGAGGAGAAAUGGGGCAUCUACAAACUCACUGGUGCAGUAAUGCACUUUGGGAACAUGAAAUUCAAGCAAAAACAGCGUGAGGAGCAGGCUGAGCCUGAUGGCACAGAAGAUGCCGACAAAGUUGCUUACCUAACUGGCCUCAACUCUGCAGAUUUGCUAAAGGCUUUAUGUUAUCCAAGGGUGAAAGUUGGCAAUGAAUUUGUGACCAAAGGUCAAACUGUUCAGCAGGUCUACAAUGCGGUUGGUGCCCUUUCCAAAUCAAUUUUUGAGAAAAUGUUCUUGUGGAUGGUUGUCCGUAUCAAUCAGCAAUUGGACACAAAGCAGGCCAGACAGUUUUUCAUUGGUGUGCUGGAUAUUGCUGGGUUCGAAAUUUUUGAUUUCAACAGCUUGGAACAGUUAUGUAUCAACUUCACUAAUGAGAAACUGCAGCAGUUCUUCAACCAUCACAUGUUUGUUCUGGAACAAGAAGAGUACAAGAAGGAAGGAAUUGAAUGGGAAUUCAUUGACUUUGGUAUGGACCUAGCUGCUUGCAUUGAACUCAUUGAGAAGCCCAUGGGUAUCUUCUCAAUCCUGGAGGAGGAGUGCAUGUUCCCCAAGGCCUCUGACACUUCUUUCAAGAAUAAACUGUAUGAUCAACAUCUUGGUAAGUCAAACAACUUCCAGAAACCCAAGCCUGCCAAAGGAAAGGCUGAAGCUCACUUCUCAUUGGUCCAUUAUGCUGGCACUGUGGAUUACAACAUUUCUGGCUGGCUGGACAAGAACAAGGACCCCCUGAAUGAAACUGUAAUUGGACUAUUCCAGAAAUCAUCAGUGAAACUACUGGGUCAUCUUUAUGUUGUAACCGCUGAAGCAGAAGCUGGUGCCAAGAAAGGUGGCAAAAAGAAGGGCUCUUCCUUCCAGACAGUAUCUGCUCUGUUUAGGGAGAAUUUAGGCAAGCUGAUGGCUAACCUGAGAACUACGCAUCCACAUUUUGUGCGCUGUAUCAUCCCCAAUGAGACAAAGACACCAGGUGCUAUGGAGAACUCCCUCGUCAUACACCAACUGAGGUGUAAUGGUGUGCUGGAGGGCAUCAGAAUCUGCAGAAAGGGAUUCCCAAGCAGAAUCAUCUACGGUGACUUCAAGCAAAGAUACAGAGUUCUUAAUGCAAGUGCCAUUCCCGAAGGUCAAUUCAUUGAUAGCAAGAAGGCUUCUGAGAAGCUGCUGGGAUCCAUUGAUGUAGAUCAUACACAGUACAAAUUUGGACACACUAAGGUGUUCUUCAAGGCUGGUCUCUUGGGUACACUUGAAGAGAUGAGAGAUGAAAAGUUGGCACAACUCGUUACCCGUACCCAGGCUAUUUGCCGUGGAUACCUAAUGAGGCUUGAAUUUAAGAGAAUGAUGGAAAGGAGGGAAGCAUUGUACACUCUGCAGUACAACAUCCGUUCCUUCACGAAUGUCAAACACUGGCCAUGGAUGCAAUUGUAUUUCAAGAUCAAACCUCUUCUGAAGAGUGCUGAAACUGAGAAGGAAAUGGCGAAUAUGAAAGAUGAGUUUGAGAAAACUAAGGAGGCACUUGCCAAAUCUGAAGCACGGAGGAAGGAAUUAGAAGAGAAAAUGGUGGCUAUUGUACAGGAAAAGAAUGAUCUUGAACUCCAAGUCCAAGCGGAAAGUGAAACUCUGGCAGAUGCAGAAGAAAGGUCUGAAGGAUUAAUUAAGAAUAAAAUUCAACUGGAAGCUAAAUUGAAGGAAGCUAAUGAAAGAUUGGAAGAUGAAGAAGAGAUAAAUGCUGAACUUACAGCCAAGAAGAGAAAACUAGAGGACGAGUGUUCAGAACUGAAGAAAGAUAUUGAUGACUUGGAGCUCACUUUAGCCAAAGUUGAAAAAGAAAAACAUGCCACUGAGAACAAGGUUAAAAACCUCACUGAAGAGAUGGCUACUCUUGAUGAAAAUAUCGCUAAAGUAACUAAGGAAAAGAAAGCCCUCCAAGAGGCCCAUCAACAGACUUUGGAUGACCUUCAGGCAGAGGAGGACAAAGUCAACACUCUGACCAAAACGAAGACUAAGCUGGAGCAACAAGUUGAUGAUCUCGAAGGUUCUCUAGAGCAGGAGAAGAAACUUCGCAUGGAUCUUGAACGCGCUAAGAGAAAGCUUGAAGGUGAUUUGAAGUUGUCACAAGAAACCAUAAUGGAUUUGGAGAAUGAUAAACAGCAACUGGAUGAGAAGCUAAAAAAGAAGGAAUUUGAAAUCAGCCAACUUCAAAGCAAAGUUGAAGAUGAGCAAGCUUUGGCUUCCCAGCUGCAGAAAAAGAUCAAAGAAUUACAGGCCCGUAUUGAAGAGCUUGAAGAAGAAAUUGAAGCUGAACGUGCCUCUCGUGCCAAGACUGAGAAACAAAGGGCUGAUCUUUCCCGGGAACUUGAGGAGAUCAGUGAACGACUAGAAGAAGCUGGCGGUGCAACUGCAACACAGAUUGAAAUGAAUAAGAAACGGGAAACAGAAUUUCAGAAGAUGCGUCGCGAUUUGGAAGAAUCGACCCUACAGCAUGAAGCCACGGCUGCUGCUCUUCGUAAGAAACAGGCUGAUAGUGUCGCAGAGCUUGGGGAACAAAUUGACAACCUGCAACGUGUGAAACAGAAGCUUGAGAAGGAAAAGAGUGAGCUAAAGAUGGAAAUUGAUGACCUUGCUAGCAAUAUGGAAUCAGUGUCUAAAAACAAGGCAAACCUUGAGAAAGUUGCCCGGACUCUUGAAGACCAGGUCAGCGAACUGAAGACCAAACAUGAUGAGCAUCAGCGUUUGAUCAAUGAUUUAUCAACUCAAAGAGCACGUCUCGCAACAGAAAACGGUGAAUUGAAUCGCCAAGUAGAGGAGAAAGAAGCCCAAGUAUCUCAGCUGACAAGAAGUAAACAAGGAUAUACUCAACAGAUUGAGGAACUCAAGAGACUGCUGGAGGAAGAAACAAAGGCUAAGGGUGCUUUGGCACAUGCUCUGCAAUCCGCCCGCCAUGACUGUGAUUUGCUCCGUGAGCAAUAUGAAGAGGAACAGGAGGCAAAGGCUGAGCUCCAACGUGGCAUGUCCAAGGCCAACAGCGAAGUCGCUCAGUGGAGAACAAAAUACGAAACAGAUGCGAUCCAGCGCACGGAGGAACUGGAGGAGGCCAAGAAAAAGCUUGCUCAGCGUCUGCAGGAUGCAGAGGAACACAUUGAGGCUGUGAACUCCAAAUGUGCUUCCUUGGAAAAGACAAAACAGAGAUUGCAAAAUGAAGUGGAGGAUCUUAUGAUAGAUGUGGAGAGGGCAAAUUCAGCAGCAGCAGCUCUUGACAAGAAGCAGAAGAACUUUGACAAGGUCCUGGCAGACUGGAAACAGAAAUUUGAGGAAAGCCAGGCUGAACUGGAAGCAGCUCAGAAGGAGUCGCGCAGCCUGAGUACUGAGGUCUUCAAGAUGAAGAAUGCAUAUGAGGAGUCUCUGGAACAACUUGAAACUCUUAAACGAGAAAACAAGAAUCUGCAGCAGGAGAUCUCUGAUCUGACUGAGCACCUGGCUGAAAGCGGCAAGGCCCUUCACGAGCUAGAAAAGGCAAAGAAGACAGCUGAGCAGGAGAAGAGUGAGAUUCAGACAGCUCUGGAGGAAGCAGAGGCUUCUCUGGAACAUGAAGAGAGCAAGAUCCUCCGUAUUCAGCUGGAAAUGAGCCAAAUCAAAUCUGAAGUUGACAGGAAGGUUGCAGAGAAAGAUGAGGAGAUCGAUCAGUUGAAGAGGAACCACCAGAGAGUUGUAGAAACAAUGCAAAGUUCCUUGGAGGCUGAAAUCAGGAGCAGGAAUGAUGCUUUAAGAAUCAAAAAGAAAAUGGAAGGCGAUCUGAAUGAAAUGGAGAUUCAGUUGGGACAUGCAAACCGUCAAGCUUCAGAAGCUCAGAAACAUCUCAGAAACAUUCAGGGUCAUUUAAAGGAUACCCAGUUACACCUGGAUGAUGCUCUCAGAAGCCAGGAAGACUUAAAGGAGCAAUUGGCCAUGGUUGAGCGCAGGAGUGGCUUGCAGCAGGCUGAGAUUGAAGAAAUAAGGGCAGCACUGGAACAGACAGAUAGAUCUCGCAAAAUUGCUGAACAAGAGCUUGUUGAUGUCACUGAGAGAGUACAGCUGCUGCACUCUCAGAACACAAGUCUCAUCAACACCAAGAAGAAGCUGGAUGCUGACCUGAAUCAUCUCCAAACUGAAAUGGAAGAUAUAAUUCAGGAAUCAAGGAAUGCUGAAGAAAAAGCAAAGAAGGCUAUCACAGAUGCUGCCAUGAUGGCUGAAGAGCUAAAGAAGGAACAGGAUACCAGUGCCCACCUUGAACGAAUGAAGAAGAAUCUUGAGCAGACAGUGAAGGACCUGCAGCACCGCCUGGAUGAGGCUGAGCAGCUGGCAAUGAAAGGAGGAAAGAAACAACUCCAGAAACUGGAGGCUAGGGUGCACGAGCUGGAAAAUGAACUGGAAGCUGAGCAGAAACGAAGCACUGAUGCUGUCAAAGGUGUCCGCAAAUAUGAAAGGAGAGUCAAGGAACUGUCUUACCAGACAGAAGAAGACAAGAAAAAUGUUCUGAGACUACAGGAUUUGGUUGACAAGCUGCAGCUGAAAGUUAAGGCCUACAAGCGGCAAUGCGAGGAGACUGAGGAACAGGCCAAUAUUCACCUAUCCAAAUUCAGGAAGGUGCAGCAUGAACUGGAGGAAGCCGAGGAACGUGCUGACAUUGCAGAGUCUCAAGUCAACAAACUUAGAAGUAAAAGCCGUGAAAUAAGUGUGAAGUCCACCGCUGAAGAGUAGAUGAUAAUUUGAAAUGGUCCAAAGAAGAAACCCACAAAAUGUGUAUUUCUUUGUAACAUAAUUUUACAAAGGUACCUCUGCCUGUAGAAAUAAAAGUGCAAUUCUGAAAAAUC